GCUGCCACACGUGGAGAAGAGUUGGAGACAAACGAAGCUGCCGUUGCUGCGGGCUGCAGUUCUGCACGGGUCCCAGUGCUGGGCGUGAGCCGCUCCGCUUCGCUCCUGUGGGCUGCAGGAGCUGGCAGUGACCUUCACCCCGCGCCCCGUCCUUGUCUGGUAGGUCGCAGGUUGAGGACGCAGAAGAAGCCGAAGCCCUUCUCCGAGCCGGAGCCGUGGUGGUGCCUGCUGUCCGGGCGCUAUGCAUUCGGCCCCUGCCUGCCUGCACGCACUGCUCGCCGCCGCGCUCAUCUCCGCCAGCAGCUCAGACUUGACUCCCCGCUUUACUUCCGAGCCCAUCUCUGCCGUCCAGAAGCCCGGUGGCCCCGUGGUGCUGCGCUGCUCCGCUGAGCCCCCGACAGCUGGCAUCUCCUGGCUGCUGGAUGGAGAGCCGCUGGGCAGCGGGCUGCCAGGGGUGCAAAUCCGGCACGGGUCUCUGAGCAUCGCCUCCCUGAGCACGGCGACGUCUGGCCGCUACCAGUGCGUGGCCAGCAGCAGCGCGGGCGCAGUUCUGAGCAGGGCUGCGGUGGUGUCGAUGGGCAGUUUGGCUCACUUUGCCCCAUCGCUGACACCUGUCAUUGUGGCAGAGGAAGGAGGAACGGCGCUCGUCGGCUGCGCGGUGCCGCAGAGCAACCCCAGGGCUCAGAUCCGCUUCCGAGUGCGGGGGAAGUGGCUGCAGCCUGCAGAUAGGUACCUAAUUCUCCCGUCGGGAAACCUGCAGAUCCUCAAUGUGUCCAUGGAGGACAGGGGGUCCUACAGGUGUGCUGCCUACAACCCCGUCACUCACGACCUCAGAAUAGAACCCACCGGGAGGAAACUCGUCGUCACACGUGAGUGCUCAGCUCCACAGCACGAAUGCACCUGGAGGGAACGGGGCGCAGCUCGGCCAGGCGCUGGCUGCCGUGUGCAGGGCUUGGACUCCGGGAACUACUCGUGUGUGGUGGGCGGCGGGCCGGGGGAGGUGGCGUACGUCAACUACUCGCUCACCGUGCUGGAACCUGUCUCGAUUUCCAAAGGGCUGCAGGAUGAGACUGUGGCCGUCGGCACAACGGUGUCUUUGCGGUGCGCUGCCCACGGGAGCCCCGCUCCAGCCCUCACCUGGCUGCACAACGCUGCACCCCUCCGUGCAUCGCCGCGGCAUUUCCUGCUGGGGAGCAGCCUGCAGAUCCGCGGUGUCACCAUGCAGGACUCCGGCGUGUACCAGUGCGUCGCCGAUAACGGCGUGGGCUUUGCGCAGUCGGCCGGGAGGCUUCGCGUGCAGGCAGGAGCCGGCCCGAAAGCAGAAGCAACGGCUCUCACAGAGGCUGCCCAGAGUGAUGAAAGCCGCAGAGAUUCCGGUGUGGAAGCGGCGUUUCCCAGCUCAGCUCCACCAAAGCCGCCUUUGGACACGGCUGCAACAGACAAAGCGUGGGGCAGCAUCUCCCCCCCCGAGGCGCCCAUCAUCCUCAGCCCCCCGCAGACGCUCAGCCCAGAUGUCUACACCCUGCUGUGGCGGUCGGGGCGGGACGGCGGUUUGCCCAUCAAUGCCUACUUUGUGAAGUACCGCAAGCUGGAUGAUGCUGUGAGCACAGCUGGUGGUUGGCACACCGUGCGCGUGCCAGGCAGCGAGAACGAGCUGCGGCUCAGCGAGUUGGAGCCCUCCAGCCUCUACGAAGUGCUGAUGGUGGCCAGGAGCGCUGCCGGCGAAGGCCAGCCUGCCAUGCUGACAUUCCGCACCAGCAAAGAAAGAACGUCAUCCUCAAAAAACACGCAGGCUCCAUCCCCACCGGUGGGCGUCCCGAAGCAGCCCGUUGUCCAUGAAGGGACCAACAGUUUUGGGGUGGUGCUCCCCGACGCAUCUCGGCACAGCGGAGUUCCAGAGGCUCCCGACCGCCCCACCAUCUCCACCGCGUCCGAAUCCUCCGUCUACGUCACGUGGAUCCCCAGAGCAAACGGGGGCUCUCCCAUCACAGCCUUCAAAGUGGAGUACAGGCGGGUGGGCCGGAGCAGCGACUGGCUGAUUGCAGCCGACAGCAUCUCUCCUUCCAAGCUGUCCGUGGAGGUCCGCAGUUUGGAGCCAGGAGAGAUGUAUAAGUUCCGUGUGAUCGCAGUGAACAACUUCGGGGAGAGCCCCCGCAGCGCCGCGUCCCGCCCCUACCAGGUCGCAGGCUUCACCCACCGCUUCUCCAGCCGCCCCAUCGCCGGGCCCCACAUUGCUUACACUGAAGCCAUCAGCGACACCCAGAUCAUGUUAAAGUGGACGUACAUCACGUCGAGCAACAACAACACCCCCAUCCAAGGGUUUUAUAUCUAUUACCGGCCCACAGACAGCGACAACGACAGUGACUACAAGAGGGAUGUGGUGGAAGGCACAAAGCAGUGGCACCUGAUAAGUCACCUGCAGCCGGAAACCUCGUACGACAUAAAAAUGCAGUGCUAUAACGAAGGUGGUGAAAGCGAGUACAGCAACGUGAUGAUCUGCGAGACGAAGGUGAAGCGCAUGCCAGGAGUGUCUGAAUACCCAGCCAAGGAGCUGAGCACCCCGCCCAGCCCCCCCGAGCGCGGGGGCAGCGGGGGUCCGUCCUCAGGCCCGGUGCGGAGCAGCGAUAUGCUGUACCUGAUCGUGGGCUGCGUGCUGGGCGUGAUGGUCCUCAUCCUGAUCGUUUUCAUCGCCAUGUGUCUGUGGAAGAACCGCCAGCAGAACGCCAUGCAGAAGUACGACCCUCCCGGCUAUCUGUACCACGGGGCAGAGAUCAGCGGGCAGGUGAUCAAAUACACGACCCUGCCCGGCACGAGCCGCGUCAGCGGCAGCGUCCACGCUUACAUCCUCAGGUGUUUCACCAAAGCCAACGGCACUUUCAGCAGCAGCGCGCUGCCCCUCGUGCCCAUCGUCGCUCCGUGCCAGCAGGACAGCCUGGAGAUGAAGCCCCUGAGCCACAUCAUGGUUGCCAUGUGUUUGGCCUCCGGCAUCCCCGAGCACGGCGGGCGGGCGGAGGAGGACAGCACGGAGCCAGCCGAGCAGCCGCCCAGCCCUCAGCCCUGCUGCAGGGGCAGCGCCGGGCCGCUCUGCCUGGAGCACGCGGAUGGUGACAGCUGUGCGCUCUCAGAAACACCAAACCACGUUCUGAGCUGGAGCCCGCUGGUUCUGCAGCCUGUGCCCAAGGACUGCAGGGACAAACCGGGCUGGACUGCAACACUGCGUGGUUCUGGGCAGCCCCCACUGCAGGAGAGCUGAGGGGAGCGCUGGAGGGACUGAUGGAGGGGCCUUAAUUAUAACAGAGAGAGUCACUAUUUAUUUUUUGUAGUAGUGUCAUAUGAAUGUAUCUUGUUUUUAAAUGGUUGCCUUUUUAUAUUAUUUAUGCCUUGAGAUUCCUUUUUUCCCACGCACCGUGAAGCUAGCCUGGUUCUGUGUAUAUAAACAAAAAAAGAUUGGUAAUAAUAUAAAGAACAACGAUGGGAAGUGUGCAGUGUGUGUUCCAUGGAGCCGGCAGAGGAGCGCUGCUGAGAGGCUUUAAUGGUGCUGUGGGUGCGCGGGGCUGCGCUGGGUUGGGCUGCACUCAGACUGCUGUGCUGGGAGUGGGCAGAAGGGGAUCAGCACUGCUCGGCUGUGCCGUGCUGUGCUGUGCUCUGCCGUGCCGUGCAGCAGGUGGAGGUGCUGCAGCCUUCACCGCAGCCUUGGGUUUUUGGUGGUUGUUUUUUUUUCCUUCCAAAUUUAAUCAGAGUAAAUGCAAUGAAGCCGUGCUCGUAAAGCACUCUUUCCACAAAGCAGCGCGUAGCCCCGGCUGCUGGGUGCCUCCGUCACCACUGCAGCUGCCUGCGGCUCCCCGUGCAGCCCGGGCUGAGCAGGAAGGGGCCGGGGGAGGGAUGCAGCUCAGAGCCGUGCCCGACCCAAAGCUCCGUUCCCCACUGAAUGUCUGCUCUGUGUACAGCACGGAGGUACAAAAUAACGUGUUAUGUGCUUUAUAAAUAGAGCCCGUAACGAGGACGCGUUGGCUCGGAGCUGGGCUGUCACGCAGGUAGGAUUCUGGUUACGCUUUGUGCCCAGAUCCUGGCAGUGAUGCUGUGCUGUGUGCCGCGGUUUCUCCCCUCUGCGCGCUUCGGUUCUCAUGUCUGCACGUCUGAGCGCGUGCCAGAGGGAGGCAAAGCUACCCGACAGGCACCACAUGAGGGCCGCACCCUUCCCGGAUUUGCUGCUCUGCUUUCUUGAUGCCAACGCAGGAUGCCGGUGUGAGCUCGGGCGGGCGGAGCAGCUCCGGUGUCCGACGGAGCCGGGCGGGCAGCGAUGGAUGUGGGAGGCUGCGAUCCGCCCUGUUAGCAGCAGCUCCCCGCAGACUGCUUUAUUUAUAGUGAGUGACACUGUUUUAAGUGUUUGUCUUCCAUUUAUUGUAUUUUAUUUUAAAAUGUGUCUGAGCUCUGCUUUCGCUGUCGGGUUUCGGUGCGUGCUCCCACCUCCGUGUGCCCAACUCCAAACCUCCCGCCGGUCCCAUGGGAGCACUCCGCCUUCAGGCUGCGUGCACAGCCCCGCUCCUCCCUCUGCUCUGCUUCGUCCGCCCAAACCCCAUCCUUCCCGUGGCUUUGGCGGUGCUCCUCUCCUUCCCUGAACCAGCAGCGAGCUCUGCUGGGCUCCCGGCGCCUUGCAGCUCCCUGCUUUCCCCAAGCACCGAGUUCGACAACCCUGUGUCCAUCAGCCCCUUUUUCCCCAUCUUUGGGACUUUAGAGAAAAAACAAAUGGACAAACUCUCUGUGUUCCUCCAUGUACCUCUGAACGCAUCACUGCUGCAGUGCUGUGCUGCGCUGAGCUCCAGAUGUGUGCAUGUUGGCAUAUGGGUAAAUACACUCUAUUUUCCGAAGAAGAUGUAAUAUUUCUUUGGAAAUUGCACAUGUGUUGGAAUGAUGUAGUUGUUGCGUGUUGUUUUUUGUUUUUGUUUUUGUUUUGUUUUGGUGGUUUGAUAAAUAUUAAAGUGAAUGCUGCUGCACGA